ACUACAGUGUAAUUGUGGUUACUGUUGCAUUGUUGAUUGUUGACGAACUAGGUAGCCGCGGUUUCGCUCGUACUUGCCGUAACGUUUCUGUUUUUUGUUGUCUCCCUUCUGUUUUUCGCGGUUUAUCCAUACGUCGAUAUGCAACCGUCGAUCGGUUAACGAUUCAAUUUUGUACCCAAUUGAUUAUUUGCUGUAGGCAAUUUGCUCUAAGUUCAACUAACAACACAUCGCGGCAUUAACAGUUGGCCAACCAUGGACAGUCCCGACAUGGAUAUCGAAGACGAUGAUUUUGAUGUAGACGAUGAACCUAAAAAUGUAAAAUCUAGCAAAAAAAGCAACCAAGACAAUUCAAAAACGAAUGGUUCUGAUCCACAAGAAGAAGAACCAUCUUCAUCUAAAAUUAAGGAUGGAGGAUUCGUCAAAGUUGAAAAUGACCGUGGUAAAAGAUUUGAUUAUCUACUUAAACAAACGGAAAUUUUUGCUCAUUUUAUGACAACUAAUCAAAAAAAAGAUAGCUCUGCUGAAGGUACUGGAGGUACACCUAAAAAAGCUAAAGGUAGACCUCGUAAACCUAAAACUGAAACUGGAGAUUCUGCAGACCUUCGUCAUCGUCAAACUGAACAAGAAGAAGAUGAAGAGCUCUUAAAAGAAUCAUUGGCAGCAGAUAAAUAUAUCACACAGUUUGAAGAAUCUCCACACUACAUUAAAAAUGGUGCGUUACGUGAUUAUCAAGUACGUGGUUUGAAUUGGAUGAUAUCACUAUUUGAAAAUGGCAUCAAUGGUAUUUUGGCUGAUGAAAUGGGGCUUGGUAAAACUUUGCAAACAAUUUCACUUUUAGGAUAUAUGAAGCAUUAUAGAAAUAUACCUGGGCCUCAUAUGGUUAUUGUUCCUAAAUCAACAUUACAAAAUUGGGUUAAUGAAUUUAAGAAAUGGUGUCCUACAAUUCGAACAGUUUGCUUGAUUGGAGAUAGAGAUGCACGAGCUAAGUUUAUUCGUGAAAUAUUUAUUCCUGGAGAUUGGGAUGUAUGUAUUACAUCAUAUGAAAUGAUUAUUCGAGAGAAAUCAGUUUUGCGUAAAAUACAAUGGCAAUAUUUAGUAAUUGAUGAAGCUCAUAGAAUAAAAAAUGAAAAAAGCAAACUUUCUGAAAUAAUUAGAGAAUUUGAAACUACAAAUCGAUUAUUGUUAACGGGUACUCCUUUGCAAAAUAAUUUGCAUGAAUUAUGGGCUUUGUUGAACUUUUUACUACCAGAUGUAUUUAAUUCAUCGGAUGAUUUUGAUUCAUGGUUCAAUACAAAUACUUGUCUUGGAGAUAAUGUUUUAAUUGAAAGACUUCAUGCUGUUUUAAGACCAUUUUUAUUAAGAAGAUUGAAAGCUGAAGUAGAAAAACGUUUAAAACCAAAAAAAGAAGUUAAAGUUUAUGUUGGUCUUAGUAAAUUACAAAGAGAAUGGUAUACUAAAGUUUUAAUGAAAGACAUAGAUGUAGUUAAUGGCGCUGGCAAAGUUGAAAAGAUGCGGCUUCAAAAUAUUCUCAUGCAGUUACGAAAGUGUAGUAAUCAUCCUUAUCUUUUUGAUGGUGCAGAACCAGGUCCUCCUUACACAACUGAUGAACAUAUUGUCACUAACUGUGGAAAAAUGGUUGUUUUUGACAAAUUGCUUAAAGCUUUAAAAGAACAAGGUUCUCGUGUCCUUAUUUUUAGUCAAAUGACACGUAUGAUGGAUAUUUUGGAAGAUUAUAUGCAUUGGAAGGGAUAUAAUUAUUGUCGUUUGGAUGGGCAAACUCCUCAUGAAGAUCGUCAACGUCAAAUUAAUGAGUACAAUGAACCAGAUAGUAAAAAAUUUGCUUUUAUACUUUCUACUAGAGCUGGUGGUUUAGGUAUUAAUUUAGCUACUGCAGAUGUUGUGAUUCUGUACGACUCUGAUUGGAAUCCACAAAUGGAUUUACAAGCUAUGGACCGAGCUCAUCGAAUAGGACAAAAAAAACAAGUCAGAGUUUUUCGUUUGAUUACUGAAAAUACUGUUGAAGAAAAAAUUGUCGAAAGAGCUGAGGUUAAACUUAGAUUGGAUAAAUUAGUUAUCCAACAAGGUCGUUUGGUUGAUAAUCAAAAGAAUGCUCUAAACAAAGAUGAAAUGUUAAACAUGAUCAGGCAUGGUGCAAAUCAUGUUUUCCAAUCUAAAGAUUCUGAAAUUACUGAUGAAGAUAUUGAUACUAUUUUACGUAAAGGAGAAGAAAAAACUGAAGAAAUGAAACAAAAGUUAGAAACUUUAGGAGAAUCAUCUUUAAGGAAUUUUACAUUAGAUGCUCAACCAGAAUCCUCUGUAUACACAUUUGAAGGCGAAGAUUAUAGGGAAAAACAGAAGUUAAUUGGUGCUGCAGGAUGGAUUGAACCACCAAAACGAGAACGUAAAGCUAAUUAUGCUGUUGAUGCCUAUUUCCGUGAAGCACUCAGAACCUCUGAACCUAAACAGCCUAAGGCUCCUCGACCACCAAAACAACCAUUAGUUCAAGAUUUCCAAUUUUUCCCAACACGUUUAUUUGAUUUACUCGAUCAAGAAAUUUAUUAUUAUAGACAAACUGUGGGAUAUAAAGUACCAAAAAAUCCAGACUUAGGUGCUGAUGCCACUAGAAUACAAAAAGAAGAACAAAAAAAAAUUGAUGAAGCACAACCACUUACUGAAGAAGAAUUAGCAGAAAAAGAAGUUUUAUUAACAAAAGGUUUUACUAACUGGAAUAAACGUGAUUUUAAUCAAUUUAUUAAAGCGAAUGAAAAGUAUGGUCGAGAUGAUAUUGAUAAUAUAUCAAAAGAAGUUGAAGGGAAGACAGCUGAAGAAGUAAGAGAAUACAGUGCUGUAUUUUGGGAAAGAUGUAAUGAAUUCCAAGAUAUUGAUCGAAUUAUGGGACAAAUAGAAAGAGGAGAAUCUAAAAUACAACGUCGAGCUAGUAUUAAAAGAGCUUUAGAUGCUAAAAUGACAAGAUAUAGAGCACCAUUCCAUCAGUUACGUAUCUCAUAUGGUGCAAACAAAGGUAAAAAUUAUACUGAAGAAGAAGAUAGAUUUUUAGUUUGUAUGCUUCACAAACUUGGGUUUGAUAAAGAAAAUGUCUAUGAAGAAUUAAGAGCAGCUAUUAGGUGUGCUCCUCAAUUUAGGUUUGAUUGGUUUAUUAAGAGUCGUACUGCCAAUGAACUUCAAAGGCGAUGUAAUACUCUAAUUACUUUGAUUGAGAGAGAAAAUCAAGAAUUAGAAGAAAAGGAAAGAGAACAGAAAAAAUUACUAAAAAAGAAUUUGAAACCAGCGCCUUCUCCUGCUCCUGUUAAAAAAAAAAUUGAUAAGGUCGAUAAGGUUGAUGCUGGUCAAGGAGAUUCUAAAUCUCCAGUUCCGAAAAAGAAAAAGAAAUAAACUAUCUUUAAGUUUCAUAUACUUUUUUGCUUAAUUUUACAUAAUUGUGUUUAAGUCUGUAAUAUUCUUUGAUAGUUAAUUAAAAAAUAAAAUGUAUCAUGAUAGUUUUUUUUUUAAUUAAACUUGUGUACAUUUCACUGACCA